CGCCAAAAAGGCGCACAAGAAGAAAUCGAAGAAAGUUUCGAAAACAAACCGUUCCAACUAAAAUCGUUAAAAAAGUUUCAUCAAAAAUUCCUGUUAUUUCAGUGCAAGGGAACAUAAUUACGCCAUGGAGGACGAUCUGAACCACCUUUCCGACAGAAUCAUUGACAAUUUGGAUAAAUUCAAUCGCAUACUCAAAUCCGCUGGCUUGGAAUCCAAACUGCUCAGCAAUCCGGAUCUUCCUGACCGUUUACUAAAACUAUCCCAACAAGAGUGGACACCGGGCUCGGAUGCCCGUUCCGCAGACCCAUCGGAUCGCCUAGCUGCCGAAGACAUAGAUUCCAUUUUCAGCAAAAUUCGACAUCGUCCGUUGCCCGGCAGUGGAUCAUCUCGUGGCGUUAACCGAGCCCCGUCGCAAAAGAAAGCCAUUCCGCUGCAACAGUCCCGGAUUCUGAACGAAACCAAUCUGGCCGGCAGCCCUUCCGGAUCCCUGACCGAUUUGAGCGACAGUGGUGGCAGCAGUAAACAGGUUCGAACGAUCGACGUGGAAGCUCUGGUCAAAAGCUUGAAGCAAUCCCUUCAGGCCAUGGGACAGAUCGAGAAUCGGCCACUGGAAGCGAUCGAUUUUGAACGGGUCGAGCGGUACAAUCGGAGGGAAUGUGUCAAAGUGCGGGAUGCCAUUCGCGAUGUGGAACUGAUGGUGCAGGAUCUGGAACGGUACGUGGCCAGUGUGCGAAAUGGUGACGAAGAUCGGAGCGAACUCGUUAGUGAGACUUUGGUGUCUCGGUUGAGGGAUUUAUCGGAGACCAUGUCCCAAGUGAUAUUUAUCAAGAACAACGAAUACAUUCCGGAUAUGAGCAAAUGGACUGCCAUCGGUUCGUUUCCACUGGCUGAGUGCUUGGACGAUGUGAAUGAAAACAUUCGACGGAAGAAGCUCUAUCAAUGAAGAAAGUUCACGAAAUAUAACUUAAAUCAGCCUAUAAAUCAAGUUUAAUAAAAUUUGAUCAGGUAGUUUA